UGCAGUGGGGAUAUUAAGCCUAUCUUCUGAUUGUUCAUCUGAUUCAGAGUGAUCAUGGUCAUCAGAGCAUGAUAACUAUUUUCUUAGCACUUCCUGACAGUUGCUGUUUCAACAGAUGUAAAAGGACAUGGCAGCCAGUGUUGGACUGCUGUUUCUGCUCAUAGGAGUCUCUUAUGGUAAUAAAACUUUCUGUGAUGGCAGAAAGGAGAGAGCUCAGUGUUUUCAACCCUGGGGAGCAACUGUGUUUGUUCACCUGAUGGAUGAGGUCUCAGAAAAAACAAGAUUCCAAUGGACAAAAGAAACAACAAUAGUACUAAUUUGGAGACGCAAUGGACUUGUGACAAACACAUUAAAGAGCAGAUCUGAAUUCAUCUCCAGCAAUGGGACAUUUAGGAUCAGCAACCUUAGGAGCAGUGAUGGUGGUGAAUACACACUUAAACUUUUUGAUUCUGAUGGAAAAAUAACAGGAGAACGGACUCUGCAAUUGCACAUUGAAGGCCAGUCCCCACUAAGAGUUGGAGCAAUCUCUGCUCUGCUUUUGUUUUCCAUCUAUGUCAUCUGUGUAAUUGUCAUCUGUGCUCAGAGGAAAAGGCAAAAUGGAAAAGGAGAAGAACUCCCUGCUGACUUAACCUACGCUGACAUCAGAGUGGUGCAACAGCAAGAGAGGAAGCCAGCAAAGCAAAACAUGGAGGAAGAGGUGGAGUACAGCCAAAUAAAGAUUGCAGGAUGAUUCCAGUCAAAUUUGACUGAAGAAAUGAAACUAUAUGCAGAUGAAAUGAACUGUUGUCUGCUUUGGUAAAGACUGCAGCCCUCAUUGCAGAUCCACAGAGAAGAUGACGAUGCAGACCCCUGAAGAUGUUUUGCUCAUCUUUAGUCAUUGUAACUUUUAAGAAACCAUAUUUGCUAGCAAUGCAAAAACAACUGCUUGUUUAUUUUAAUUGCAAUAUUUGCUCAUGACUGUAAUGUUAAAUUUGAUAAAGAAGUUUUGAGAAAUUGGCAACCACUCAACCCAUUAAAUUACAAAAAAAAGUUAAGAGGCAAAUGCGCUGGAGUCCAAAGAAAAACAUGUGUUAUUAGUCUUCAUAUUUUCCGCAGCAACUCCCUACGCAAAAUAAAAGUUGUCAAUGGUGAAACUAACAAAUGGAGCUCAAGCGCAAAUUCAAGCCCAAUCGUGAAUGAUUAGUGAUAUGAUAAAGAGAUGAAAGAUUACUGAUGACUUUCUUUUGUGAGGGAGGAUGAAUGACUAAUAAAGAGACAUAAGGAGUUCGAAUUGCUGCACAGUUAGGCGGAUGUCCAUUUCUAACUCAGUUUGCAGUGAUUCUUUAAUCUUUCCAAUUUCGGAUAAUGGAUUGGUUCUGCUGUGUGAGAUGUUCAACAUUUUGGACCUUCUCCACAACUUGACCUGACCUGUUUGCUGUCUGUCGGUCUUCAUGAUGGCUCUCUAACAGAACAGAACUAUUCCUACUGAGAUUAGUUCACACACUGCACACUCUACUUAGUCAAUAGGCAUCGAUUUAAGGUAAUCUUGAAUGCCCUGGAAUAAAAAAAA